ACACAUUUGCCUCCGAGCUACGAUGAAUGUUCGUUUGUAAGGGAUCUCUCUUUCCUCGUAAUGCCGGUGAAAAAAGGCCUCGUGGCCCCUCAGAACAUCUUUAUUCAAACAAUUAUCAAGAAAUUCGACGGGUCGCCGGACCGAAACUUUGUCCUGGGUAACGCUCAAGUGGCCGAUCUUCCUAUUAUUUAUUGCAACGACGGGUUUUGUGAGCUGACAGGGUAUAGUCGAGCGGAAUUGGUUCAAAAACAUUGCAGUUGUGACUUCCUUUGCGGCGAGAAGACGAACGAGUACUCUGCUCGAGAGGUGAAAGCUGCUCUCAGGGGACAUGAAGAGAAACACGUGGAGAUCCUCUAUUACAGAAAAGAUGGAAGCUCAUUCCUGUGUUCUGUUCUGAUUGCACCAGUGAAGAAUGAAGAAGGAACAGCUGUUAUGUACAUAGUCAAUCACGAGGAUGUAACAUGGUCACCAAACAAAGAAGAUAUCACCUCUACAAAAUCGUGCUUCCAACUUCCGCUACAAGUGAACAGAAUUCCCGCCGCCAUUCGGCGAAAGAAGAAAGAUUACGAUACAGCAGCUACGGAUGAUGAUGACGACCAGAGCCGUGAUCCCGAAACACACUUCACCUUCACGUCAAGUGGGGCCGCAAGUGAAAUAGAAUCCCCCUCGUUCAUCCCAAUCAUGAGUGUGGAUCCGCCUACCCCGACCGGGUCCACCGUCACCAGUCCAGUGAGAGAAUAUUCAUCCCCUCCCUCCACCCCUGAGAGACAAACUUUCCGCAAGUCGCCCAGUUUGAGGUCAUGUUCGUUGAACGACAUGUCGAAAAUUUCAGCCAAUGUUAAAAGCAGCGAGUCAGAAUCGCUUAUAAAACCGCUGGCUUCGGUUUCGCCGGUUUCUAAACCAGGGAACAUGUUGUAUAUUCCCGAGAUGAAGGGUCGGCUCUCUGCGGCCGUUUCCGAGUCUUCGUUGUGGAAUUCUCGUAACAGGCCGUGGUUAGAUGGUACAAACAUGGAUUUCAGAGGUUCAACACUCAUCAGCUCUCAGGGUCUUGUUCAUCCGAGAAAAACAGAGAAAGUCGCUCAGGUUAUGUCCCUGGGUGCUGAUGUCCUCCCAGAGUACAAGCUCCAAGCUCCUAAAAUCCACCCCUGGACAAUUCUUCACUAUUCGCCUUUCAAGGCAUUCUGGGACUGGCUGAUUUUGUUUCUUGUCAUUUAUACGGCGAUUGUGACGCCAUAUGUGGCCUCGUUUAUUUUGACCCGGGACAAGCAACAGGAGGAACGUAAUAAGAACCCGGAGACCCGGGAUAAUACGAGUACCGUCGAUAUCUACUCCGACCCCCUGGUCAUCGUUGAUUACAUAGUGGAUGUCAUGUUCAUUAUCGACAUUUUUAUCAACUUCCGAACGACUUUUGUGGAUAUUAAUGAUGAGGUUGUUAGUCAUCCAUGCCGUAUUGCUGUACAUUAUUGUAAAACGUGGUUUCUUAUAGACUUAGUGGCUGCGAUUCCUUUCGAGUUGCUAAUCAUGAUUGGUGAUACAGACCAGACAACGACACUCAUCGGUCUUCUCAAGACAGCUCGCCUCCUACGACUCGUCCGCGUCGCUCGCAAGUUAGAUCAUUAUUCAGAAUACGGAAUGGCAGUGCUCUUACUCCUUAUGUGUUCGUUCGCUUUACUCGCGCACUGGCUGGCCUGUAUAUGGUAUUUUAUUGGCAACUUGGAACUUGAGGCCGGUGGAAGCACGAUAGGCUGGUUGGAUUCAUUGGGUAAACAGCUUGGAAAGCCAUACAACAAGACUGAUAUGUCAGCAACAGGACCUGAUUUGCAGUCCAAAUAUGUGACGGCGCUUUACUUUACUCUAAGUAGUUUGACGAGUGUAGGGUUUGGUAACGUGUCACCGAACACAAACUCCGAGAAAAUUUUCUCCAUUUGUGUCAUGUUGAUUGGAUCGUUAUUUUACGCCGCCAUAUUUGGAAAUGUAGCUGCCAUCAUAGCGAGGCUGUAUUCGACUACCUCCCGAUAUCACGCGCAGAUGCAGAAAGUGCGCGAGUUCAUCCGGUUUUACCAGAUUCCCAAUCCUCUUCGACAGAGAGUCGAGGACUACGCUCAUCACAUGUGGUCUUAUACUAACGGUAUUGAUAUGGAAUUGGUCCUUAAACAUUUUCCCGAGUGUCUUCAGGCUGAUAUUUGUCUUCAUCUCAAUUCAAGCCUUCUGCAUACUUACCCAGCAUUCACCUCAGCACCGAUGGGAUGUUUACGCGCCCUCGCUCUGCGCAUUAAGACCACUCACCUCCCCCCGGGGGAUUACAUUAUCUACCAGGGAGAUGAGGUGAAUCAUUUGUACUUUGUGAUACGAGGAACAGUCGAAGUACUCAGCGGUGAUAUAAUCAUGGCCAUUUUGGGCAAAGGCGACUCUUUCGGCGAAAAUUUUGCCAUUGAUCCUGACAGGCCUGUGGUGAAUUCCAACGCCAGCAUCCGGGCUCUAACUUAUUGCGAACUGCGGCUUGUUUCACGUGAGGAUGUACUGCACAUCCUUAGGCAGUACCCGUUGUUCAGAGAAAACUUCAUUAAAGAUCUGGAAAUUACUUACAACCUUCGUGGAGACGAAUCAGAGCAUUUCCUAGAUGUCCAAGAGGACAAAAAUUGCUUUGUUACCAUGGAAACACACAUUGAUCACAAACCAAUAGCCCCAAAUGGUUCAAGCGCGGGCGCCGUUCCCCAAGGAACCACUAAUGUUUACAAUUCAAUGAAUGGACCUGUGGAUUUGGGGAGAGGCGAAAUGCGACCUAGACCCAAUAACUUAGAUCUUCCAUCAAACAGUGUGAAUAGCAAAAAGGAAGGCGCUCAAUCGACGUCUGAAAAAUCCGCUCUUGGAUGCUUUUUAUUACCUCAACUGGUCGGAAAGUUGGAAAAUUCGGAUAUCAAAGCAGAAGCUGGAAACUACACCGCAUCUCAGUGUGAUCAAGCUGUACACAGAGAAGAAGCAGUGCCGAGUAAUUCUUGUGCGGCUGAGACACAGAAAGGGGACACGAAUGUGUGCAAAGACUGUUGUAAAUCGUUCAGCUCGAUGGAAAAUAAACUUGACAAUCUCUCCACUAGAUUGGAGAAACUCGAAACAAAACUUUCUUCCGACGUGAAAGCGAUAUUUGAACUUCUACGCACUCACAAUGAAAAUGUAAGACAACGACAGCGGGACUAUCACACUCAGGUGUAAAUAAUUUGAAACAUGGCUGGACCUAUAUUUAAACCCAUGUUUCUAAGUUCUCAACUGUUUAUCAACAGCUAAUGAUAAUGAAUUGAGCUACAGUAGUUGGGUUUUUCAAAAGAACCUAUUGGUUUUCAAGGUGUCUCUAAUUUCGUUCCCAGAGACCAUGCUCCCAUUGAUCCCUUGCGGGCGAGAAACGAGGACUUCGAGGUCUUCGUUUCCCGCCCUCAAGGGACCAGUGGUGUGCGACCUUUGGGAACGAGAUCGAGGUGUUUCCUUUUAAGUUGACAUGGGACCAUUGCGUUUGCACAUAAAAAUGUUAAUAUAAACUCGGUCAAUAUUCCUUCAUCUCGUUUUGUAAAUAGGAAAAAUGCG